GGUUCUUGUUCCCGCAGCUCAGAUUUCAUACGAAAAAUUACAGUUUACACCGUUUAGCAGUGGUUUUAAAGCAAAGAUAACACGGAAAAUAUUGUACAGCAAGUAUUAUGCGAAAGAAAAGUGCCUAAAAUUCGUUUUUUUUAAUGUUUUAUUAGUGAAUAUUGCAACGGUUGCAAAAGUGUAGUGAAAGCGCUGAGCGUGUGUGUGCCAAGCGUACUGGAAGAAACAAGCGCAACACAAAAAAGAAAUUGCAAAAGUGACGCGAAUGCAACGCGCUAAAAUAUGUGCUUGCAAUAAAAUAGAGGGAUUUAUAAAAUUAUUAAAAUUAGCAAAGUGCGUAUUAUAUGUGUGUGUAAUGCAUAAAAUAUGCGUAUCAAUUUGCAAUUAGCUUAUUUGGGCCUGCUAUCGGUGACGUGUAUUUCGAGUUGUUUGCUUUUCUUUGUGUUUCUCACCGAGAAUGCUAAAUUUGUAGCUGCAUGUAGUGAUGAAUCGACAACGCUUCCUGCUGCAGCUGACACAGCUGCUGUGCACAAAGCAGCUGCUGCAUCACCGGCUAUAGUGGAAAUUACACCGAUAGAUGAAGAAGUGAAAAAAUUAACAAAUAAUGAGCGUGAACAACUUCCAACGCUACAAACAGCUGCUGAAGCUGUUGCUAAUACGCUAAACCAUGUUGUCGAUGAUAGCAAAGCAGAGCCGGCCGAGGGCUCGCUGUUGCCAAGUAGUGAUUAUAGUGCAAGUGCUAGUGAUAAUGUUAGAAAUGAUAUAAUACGUGGAAAAAUUAAUGAUAUAGUUGUAAAUGAAGCAGCGCGAGAGGCGCAAGAAAACAACAAUGAGGAAAUAGCUCCAGUUGAUGUGCCUGCAAUGCACAACGAUGACUUGGAAAAUGUGCAAGCGAAAGAAAACGUGCAAGAAAUCUUGCCGGAUAUUACAGAGAUUCCCACAAUCACUGUAACAGAGUUGCCAUUGGAAAUACUAGAGCCAACGCGCGGCAAUAUUGAGGCACUCAUCAUCGAUGCGGCAAAAGACACUAUUGCCAGAGAGCAUGAAAAUCAUACAUUGGAUGUAUUGGAGAAUAGCAGUGAGGUUAUUAGAAAGGACGAAGAAAUCAUCAAAUUUGACGACUCUGGCGGCGGUGAACACACGCAGCCAACGCUGACGGACGCAGAUCUCACUACUAGUGAAAUUCCAUUAAACAUUCCAAUUGUUAAUGCCACCAACGCAGCAAUGCCACCACCAGCAGCAACACAAAAUGAGAGCGCUAGCGAAGCUACUGCCACAGCUGCUGAAGGAGAUACCGCGACGGGUGAUAACAAUGCGGGCAACACCGUGAAUCUCACCGCGGAGGAGGUACCCAUACCGGUAUUCUCCGAAUGGGCGCAAAAGCAAAUGGAGGCUGCCGAGAAGCAGCAAGCAAAAGAGCAGGAGGUGGUAAAUACCGCCACGCAGAAGAAGAAUCACACCAACGGGGAUGGCAAACGCGCAGCGCCGCUCAAGAUGCGCAACAAGAACUAUGCCUCGCCCGAUUGUGGCGCCAAAAUUAUCGCGUCUAAUGCGGAUGCCAGUAAUACGGGUGCAGUGUUGAGCUCCUCGAAGGAUGAGUACAUGUUGAGCCCCUGUGGCAAUCGCAUUUGGUUCGUCGUGGAACUCUGCGAGGCGAUACAAGCGCAAAAAGUCGAAUUAGCAAAUUUCGAGUUGUUCUCUUCGUCGCCGAAAAAUUUCACUGUAGCCGUCUCAAAUCGUUUCCCCACACGCGAUUGGUCUAAUGUGGGACGUUUUAUAGCGGAGGACAAGCGGAAUGUGCAAAGUUUUGACUUGCACCCACAUUUGUUUGGCAAAUUUGUGCGCGUAGACAUACACUCGCACUACUCCAAAGAGCAUUUUUGUCCCGUGUCACUUUUUCGCGUCUUCGGCACAUCAGAGUUCGAAGCUUUCGAGACGGAGGAUACGCCGCACACCGAUUUGGAUGACUUUGACGAUGACUUCGGACAAGAACAAGUGCACGCGAAGACGCCAGAUAUGAAUCUCUUCAAGUCCGCCUCUGACGCUGUACUCUCCAUCGUCAAGAAAGCCGCCGAAGUGCUUGUAAAACCCGCCAACCAACAGAAUACAACACUGACGCGCACGCCAACACUUACAACGCAAUGCCGUACACCGGCAGCGGGACAAUAUAAUUGCGCCGACUGCAGUCAACCAUUGGUAGCGCGCAUCAACAAUGCGCUCUCCUGUGAGUACCAGUCGCUGCAAGCGCUACUCAAAGUGCCAUGGCUGCUGAAAGAUCUACUGCGCACGCGCAUUUGUGCCAAGGAUUAUGGCAUUGAACUGAAAGCGAAAUCUGCCGGGGAGCAGUGUACGCGCAGACAGAUGGACGUGAAAAACAGUUAUUACCUGAAUUUGUUGCCAAGAGAAUAUGUGGGCGCGCUGUGUCAAAUGUUGGCGACGCAAGCGCGAACGAAAUCAACAACCACAACCGCUGCAACAGACAACACGCAAGACGAAAAUGUGGUUACGGAACCGCCGCUAAAUCUAACCAUCGACAAGAAAUUGAAAAAAGCCGAUUUUGGCAUUAUCGACGGCACGCAAAAGAAGCUAGUGACACCGGAGACCACCACAAAUCUCGGUGACGGCAUUGCAACUGAAAGCGCUGAAGCAACUUUUAGCGGUGAAGGUGCAACGCCAACGACAACAGCAACAACAACCGGUACAACGGAAAGUGGCACAGCGGAAGCCGAGCAAAUUGCACGUCCACCACAAGUGCACGCCGACGACGACGCAACCACAACAACGACAACACAUGCGCCACACACCAGUGGUGGCAAGGAACCAGCACCCGAUGUAAAUAUAUUCAAUGUACCUGCACACGACGAACAGCAAGAACAACAAAUACCAACGCCACCAAACGAACCCAGCAUUGCUGGCAGUCACAGCGAGGAUGUAAGCAGUGGUGACUCAAGUGAUGACAGCAGCGCUACAAGCACCACAACGACAACUUCGACACCGCCUGUAAACGCCGACACUCUCAAAGUGCUUGCCGAUAGCGCGAGCGGCGAUAACGCGCCACCGCCGGUGCAGCCAACGCCAACCACAACGGCCACACCCGCUUUGGGCACACGCAGCGAAGAGGAUGCCGCCUCUUGGGAGAAUAUCGACAACCUAAUCACAUCAACAACAGCUGCGCCGAGUGGCGGUGAGGCGAACGCGCAUGGUAGUCAACCUGGCGUGAAUCUACAGCAGAAGAUACCCAGUGGUCCACAGUCGGAGAGCGUCUUUAUACGUUUGUCCAAUCGUAUUAAGGCGCUUGAGCGGAAUAUGUCCCUGUCGGGUCAAUACCUGGAAGAACUAUCACGGCGCUAUAAGAAACAAGUGGAAGAGCUACAACUGACACUCACGCAAACGGUGCAAACAGUACGCACGCUGGAGGAGCAGAAUCGCCGCCAAAGCGAGCUACAACAAAUGCUCGCGCAACGCAAUGCCCAACUGAAGGACGAACUCGACGACCUGUCACUGCAGGUGCACGCCUGCAUUGUGGUCAUAAUCUUUGUGGGCGCCUUCGUCUUUCUCGUGCUCAUGGUUAGCAUACUCUUCUAUCGUUCGAUGCGCCGUGAAACCAAGGAAGUGUUGGCGCUAUACAACAACGCCAACAGGAAGAAGACAGCUAGCGCCGUCGCGGCAAUGCAGAAGAAACUCAAUCGUCGCAAGUCUUUUGAAGAUUUCUCAGAUCAUCAGCAGAGCGGCGAGAAAAUGCGACGGCCCAGUGAGGAGGCGCUUAUGAUACUGAAGGAGAGCAGUGAUGGUAAAACCGUCGAAGCCGUAGGCGAUACAGCGAAGAAUGCAGCACAGCGUGAACGGAAAAUCUCUAUUUGCUACAACGGCAACAUGGGCGGUGCGAAUCUCUCGCAUGAUGGCGUUGUCGGGCGUGUGGAAGGCGACUCAAGCGCGCAAAACGUUAGACAGCGACGCAAAGGUGAAAAGCAUUCAUGGCCAAAUACAGAGCACGCGCAGCAGCAGGCACGACGUCAUCUCGCCCAACUAAAUGCGACAAACGGAACGGCUGCAGAGCUUAUGGACAAUUUGGAGAGGGUUAAUGGACGGCCACCGCGUGCUCCGCCACUCGCCGCUACUGGUGACAGCCACAAUAAGUCGGCUGGCAACAAAUCGAAACGAAAAGCGCAGCUACCGCGCCGACAAGCCUCCGUAUCGCAUGAGUUUAUGGGAGGCGCGAAUUUAAACAGCUCUGCUUCAAUGGAUAUAGACAGCGCAGCUGAAUACGAUGAAAGUCUACGUCUCGAAGAGGAUGACCUUGACAAUUUCAUACCAACAUCCGACCUGGCAUACAAUGAAUUUAUGCCUGAAGGUCCAUCCGGCUAUCAAGUGGACGACGGCGUAGAGGCUGUUGAUGGCGCGGAGGGCAAAAAAUUGAGCAAAAAGCUAAGUCGCCUAACAGCGCCGGGUUUCUUUAAAUCACCAUUUGGCAAGAGUCGCAACAAAUUACGUAACAGCAAAUCAACAAAACAUCCACACGAAUCCACCUCUUGGGAAUGGUAUCGCUCGAAAAAUUCCGAUUCUAAGCCGUUAAGUGGCUCGGUGUCGGCCAGCGGCGGCUUUAUGCGCGCAUCACCAACCGUCAGUUUGGACUCAUCAUCACUCUCGGAAAUACUACUACCGAACAGUCGUACAGAGAAUUCAUUUCGCAUACUCGAAGAGGCCAUACUGUCGUCGGGCGAAAGCAUAGCCGCCAGCAGUGUAGCAACGACAGGCACGAGCGCCACGGAUAAUGGUAAUGUUUUUAGUUAAGAAUUAUAUGGCGACGAACAACAAUUCAUUUGACAAUUCGACGGAUUGCAAUAAAUAAGAAAAAAAUUAACUACUAAGUCAACGAUUUGAAGAGAGCAAGAAUGGAAGAGAGUAAAGCUACAAAGCUGAACUGCAUAAAUUUAAGAUUUCCUUAGUAAUACAAAAUGCUCGUAAUUAAAACAGACAAUUAUUAAUUAAAAUGUAAAAUUGAUUAAUUUGAAAUUUUAAUGCAAAAACUAUUGUAAUUUUGUAAUUUGAAUAUUUUUGUAAAGUUUCCAAAAUCCUAUUUAAAUCAUAUUUUUAAUAUAUGUAAUGAAUAAUUUAGUUUUGUAUAUACAUAAGUAUGCGUGUAUAUGAAAGAAAUAUUCUAUUUAUAUAACCUGUUGUGGUGAGCCCAUUGUGUGAAGCGAAGAAAAUUGUUAUUAUUGUAAAAACAAUGAAUUUUAUUACAAAAUUUAAAAACGCCUGAUUAUUGUUAAUUAUAAGCAAAUUUAUGUACAUACAAAUAUGUACCUGUGUGUAUAUAGUUGUUGAAAACAAAGAGCGCUACAUACAUUUGUAGGCUGUUUAGUCAAACAAAAACAAAAAUCGAAAUUGUUUCGGCAAGAAUUACAUAUGUUACACCUAUAUAGAGUCACAUAUAUGUAGUUACUUAACAAUUGACUGUUAUUGCGAAAUUAAUUUUCAAUUUAAGUAGUUACACAUAAAAUAUUUAAAUAUUUUGUAUGUUUCAAUGAAAACACAGCGUUAGAGCGGUUGAUAAAAAGCCACUUACAUUUUUCUUUAAUUGCAAUUUGUAUUUAAUAUUUUUUUAAAGAAUUUUAUUUUCCUUACAGACACACACACACGAGUACAUAUACAAAUAUGUAGAAUAAUGAUUACUUCUUGUACUUGUUAUUUAUUUACAAUUGCCAACAUGGUAGCUUGCUUACAUUCAGUUUAUCUCAUUGCGAGAUUUUAUUUCAUACUAUUUCUAAGUUCUUUCAUGCAUUAUUCCAAUCAAUCAUACAAGAAAAAAAAAACAUUGUUAUAGCAUUACAUCAUAACGUAAAUAUUUCAUGUAUUCACUAGUUUGUAAAUUAUAUUUUAAUUUUAUGCAUACGAAAUGUAUUUUAAAGCAAUUGUUAUAACACAUAAGCUUAUUUGUUACAUACAUACAUACAUACAUACAUAUUUUGUUUAAAUAUUAUUUUUAAUGCAAUGGCGAAUUUAUUUCAAUUUGCUAUUUUGUAUGUAAGCACUUAAAUAUACUUUCGUGUGUAUAUUUCUAGCUUGUAUCUGUAUGUGUAAGGGCGCGUACGUUUAUGUAUUUGUAAGAGAGAUUGCGUUUAUAACACAAAAUAAUGCAAUGCCAUAAAGCUGUUUUGUCUAUAGGAGUUAUUUAUUUAAUAAUAAAAAAAGAUGUUGUAGUAUUUUAGGUAAAAUAAAAUAUACAUUGGACUUUAUGAAAUUGCCACAUUCUUAUAAGAAUAUAAUAAAUACAAAUAAAUUUUAAAAAA